AAUUUGAUAUUUUUGCAUAAUAAAUGUGAAUGUUUUGUUGAAAAUAAGUGUUGAGUUUAAUGUGGGAACAAUAUGAGUGGGCGUCAGGAGAAAAUUGAAGCUGGAAAAGGGAAGUUGGCUGCCUAUGUGAGACGAAAGAAUCGCAAGAAAGACAGUGCAAGCUCAUCGUCAGACCAUUCGGGUGAGGAGAUCUCCCACAAUUCCCUGGAAAUGUCCAGGAGUGACAGUGAUGCAGCUGAUGGGGGUAGAGAGGCAAGGUCAGAGACAAAAUCAGAGGUACAUUCGGAGAUUCCAUCCGGAGGAAUUGAGGAGGAUAUUGAGGAAGUUCUCACGGGUGGGAGUACAUCGGCGGAGCAUGGGGAGGAAGUUGUGGAUCUGCGAAGGAGGCAGUUGUUUGAUUUGGAUGCACCAGGACCGUCACGGUUUGAUGUGGACGAUGAGCUGUCUGGUGGGCGGAUUGCGCAGCAUUUUCGCCCAGAGAGUGAGAUGGAUUCACUGGAUGCUGUGCUGAAUGAAUUGGAUUCGGAGAAGCAGGAGGACGAUGUGAUUCUGCUGAAUGAUCAAAAGGUCAGCUUGAAGGAUUUGCGAGAACGGCAGGAGAGUCAGAGUGCUGAGGAGCCUGCGAAGAGUGGCCAAAUGUCCGAUGAUAGUGUUGAGGAGGAUAAAUCCGUUGGGGAAGUCUUGGUGACGCAUGAUUCAAUUGAAGUGAGUGUUCAGGAGGAUCCACUGGAUUCCUUGGAUGGGGAGCACGUUGAGAAUGCUCAGGAGGAAGUUGAGAGGUUUCGUGAGAAGGUAAUUGAGGUGGUGACAAGUCACAGAGACGCUGCAGGUGGGAAGGAGUCUCCACCAAAGGAAGCCCCGAAAGAGGAAGUUCAGGAUGUGGUUGUUAGGCCAAUGGAGAGAUGUCUGGAGUACAGUAAGGAAGUUCUGGAGGAUAUUUCGGAGGAAUCCGAACAUGCCCUUGAGAGUUUGGAGUCAAUUGAGAAGCUAAAGGUGCACACAGUUAAUCGAACGCAUGAGAAUGAGCUGCGAAAAACAACGUCCAGCAAUUCCUUCUUCAGUCAACCCAUCCCAUCCACAAGCCCGGAACUGCGUUCACUUCCAACAAGUCAGAAGGAUGAUGCAGUUACGUCGUCGCACGAUGAGGAGGCAAUGAGUAUUGAGGCGAGGGCAAAGGAUAUCUGGGAAGGUGGACGAGAACUUCCUAUUUCUGCCAUUUUCUCCCGCAGGGAUUCACUGAAGGAGUGCCCAAUGUCCGAAAGGGAUUCUGCGAGUCUCGUUACGAAUUCCACGGAAUACAGGACACUGCAGGAGGAGUACCUACACAGGCUUCAAGCAUUGGACAUUCAAAAUGUGAUCGCCGAACGGGAUAAGAUGAUUGAGAGCUUAACCACAUCGCUGCAGCAAUCAACGGAAGCACGUGAGGAUCUUCAAUCACAGAGUGAUCGUCUUGUUGUUGAGGUGAAUCAACUGCGGAAGCAACUGGCAGAGACAGCGGAUCUUCUGCAGCGCUCAAGUAGACCGCGAGAUCUCGAAAGUCAGCGCCUAUCGGAGGUCUCGAUUGAUCUGGUCAGUGAAACGGAUGAGGAGAGUGAGAGAAAUUUCCCCGUGGAUCGUGAGAGUCAAGAGAGGAAGUUGGAUGAGGUGCGUGAUCAGGCGAAUCUCGCUGUUCCCGUGUCGAAGCAAAUUGAGCAAUUCCAGAAGUACCUUUCGGCCGAUGAAUUGCGAAUUUUCUUUAUGGUCCAGAAGAAAUUUGAUGAUUUCCUCGCGCAGGAGAUUGAGAAGGCUCGUAUGCGGCAUGAGGCGGAGAUUAAGGUGCUGGCUGAUCGUCUGGAUGCGGAGAAGAAGGAGAAGGAUGUGGAGAUGACGCAACUACGGCAGUAUUUUGAGAGGAAAUGCUCAGAACUGGAGAAGCAAUAUUCGGAGGAGAUUUUCUCACAGCACAGUCACAGGGAUGACACAAAUUCAGAUCUUUCCGAUCAGGAUGUCCUCCCGGUGGAGCCGCUGCCCAUGAAGUACAAAGAUGAGUUGUAUUCAAGUCCAACACAUCGCAAAAUAACCCCAACAAGUGUCAGUGGAUCACCCAGAAAGACCCCAGAGAGCCCAGAAGCCACCCUGAGUACCCUCCGGAUGCACUAUGAACGGAAAAUGGCAAAAAUGACGGAGAUUCAUGAGGAAAAGGAACGUCUUUUGCGGGAAAAGUUGAAACGUUUCGAGGCAAAGUAUGCGGAGGAUGAAUUUAUGACUAAUGAUGAGACUAACAAUGAGCGCAAUGAAGUAGCCGCAAUCAUGGCAGAGUACGACAGGAGGCUAAAGGAGCAGGUUAAUCUCGCCCGGCAGGAUAUUCUCAUGGAAUUAGAUAAAAACAUUCAGGCUCUCCUUUCGGAAUCCUCCUCAGCGGAUAGCCAUUGGCCGCCAGAGUUGAUUUUACUUCGUGAGAAAUUCACGGCACAAAAUAAAUUGGAGAUAACGCAGCUACAGAUAAAGCAUGAGGAGGAGAUGUCACGUGUUAAGAGUGAUUUUGAGCGGCAGCUAAAUAGGAAGAAGAAGCGAAAUAAUGCAUAUGAUUCCAAUCGGGAUCUCGAGGAUAUUGUCACAGAGAGGGAUAAUCUGCGUGAGAUUUCGGGGACGCUGCGGAAUCUCUUGGUUGGCCUCACAAAGUACUGCGUUGUCUAUGAGGAAGAUCUCAAUAAGUCAUUUGUGGAGCAAUUGGCAAAUGUGGGGGGAACACUACUCGAUGAGACACUCCAGUCAACCGAUGGGGAGGACGGGCAGGUGGGGAAGAGGAUAAAAUUCGCCCCAGAUGUGGGGGGAAUAUUGAAUUUAGUCGAAGAUCCGAGUCUUGUGAAGUUCAUCAGCAAUGCCAGGGAUAAUGAGGAGCAGGCAACGUUCAAUCUUGAUGGUUUCAUUGAUUCUCUCAAUACGGAAGUGGAGUACCUGCUGAAGCUAUCUGAGGAUUUAGCAAAGGCCCGUCAAGGUGUUGCAGGGAAGGAUGACAGUUGCGAAGAGGAAGAUGGACUGAAGAGUUCAAUAAAACGAAAUAAAAUUACCAAAACUUCGUCACUGGUGGAAAAUCUGCCAAAUGGCGAGUACAGAGAUGCCUCAGAGACACAUAGUUUGCCAAUUUUUGGACCAAUUGAUGCCCUACGUGCGGGGGAGGUUAAUUUGCAGCUUCACGAGCUGAGAAAUCGUCUCGUAAAGUCAGAAGAGGAGAGAAAAGGGUUGGUUGCAGAAUUGGCGGAAGUGGUUAGUCGUCAUGACAGCCUCCUACAGGAACUCAGUAGUACUAAAGAUCAUGUGGCUGCUCUUGAAGGUCGCCGCGAGACAGUGAGUGAAGGUUUUGGAUCAAGCUCCAGUACGUCAAUGCAUCAAACGGGUAGACCUAUUCUGUCUUAUGGGGAAUUACAGGAGAAGGCAAAGCAAAUCCUUAGUAAUACCCCAAAUGUGGCAACAGCGGAUAAUUCAUCAAUCCUCGUGCAGCUUAUUGAGGAUUUCUGUCGCGAAGGGGAUCGCCAUCAGGAGGAGAAAAAGCGUGAUCGUGAUGAUCUUCAGUCUCAACAGACACAUGGCACGGUGAUAUUGAAGCAAGAGGAUGUGGUAUUGAUUGAUAAGAUUAAUGCAGCAGACAAACAAUUGCGAGCUACGAGGCAAUUUUUGGAGGAACAAGCGGCUGAACGUGAAGUGGAGCGUGAUGAAUUUACGCGGGAAAUUGAAAAGCUAACAGGACAGUUGCGUGAACGCGAUAAGGAAAGAUCAACGCAUGAUCGUCUUGUGAAGGAGGUUGAAUCCCUUGAGAAUCAACUGCGUGAAAUGUCAAUGUUGCUGAAUGAAUGCGAAGAGAAGAAGCAAAGAGUUGAGGGUGAACUGAGGCUUGCCACGGAGAAGAUUCUUGAGCACAGGGAAUGUAUUGCGGACCUUGAGAUGCAGCUGGAGGCUAAAGGGGCGCAUGAACGUGUGACUGAUGAAACGGUGAAGCAGCUUAAAAUUCUCGUUGCAACACAAACAAGUGCCGCUGAGUCGCUAAAGCUCGAAAUGGAGGGCUUGAGGGAGGAAGUGGACGGUAAGGAGCAGCUUGAGGAGCAAAUGCGUCAAUUACGUGCUGGGCAGGAGCAGAAUGCAACGCUGGAGCAACUUGCGGCACAGCUGAGGGAUAUUGAGGUUGCGCUUGAGCGUAAAACGCGAACCCUUGAGUCCCUUCAUGCGGGAAUUGCUUCGGAAUCCUGCAGUAGUCCAUCGGAGGAUGUUUCCAUUCGGGGGCAGGUGGCAGUUGCCAUGUCCGAAGAUGUUUCCCCACGAUCAACAGCAUCCCUCUUGCCCGUGGAUGAGGUGCAGAGGAUUUUGGAGAAGUUGGCGAAGCACAGUCGCGCCGAGGAGGCGGCCAUCAAGAGGAUCCAUGACCUGGAAAUGCAAAUAUCCGGAGUGAGGGCAAAUUUUGCGGAAUUGCAACACGAAAGGGAUGCCCUGCAGGAGAGAAUGUCUGAGCAAUUGGUGAGGAUAUCAUCACUGCAGUCACGCCUCGAUGAGCAGAGGCAUCGUGCGGAGGAGAUUCAUCGUCAAGGGACGUCUGAUCUCAAUAUUCGUGUCCAUGAUUUGCAGACGGAAGUGGCGAGCCUGCGGGAGACCCUUGUGAGUCGUGAUAAGCAAAUAGUCACCCUAAAGGGGCACCUUGAGCAGAGUCGUGAAGUAAUUGAGCGGCAGGAAGUGGAGCUGGCACGUGAGCCAGUUGAUGGGAAGUGCAUUGAGAAGUUGGAGCAGGAGCUUCAGGAGAGGAUGCAGGAGAAUCAGCAGCUGAAGGAGAAGAUUAAGAAUGAGAUGGUGAACAAACUUGCCCUUCCGGAUCUCAUGGAAACAAUGCUGGCGGAUAAGAAUGAGGAAAUUGAUCAUUUGCGUGAAUUACUCGAUGAGAAGGAGAAGCAAUUGGCUGAAUUGCUGAGGAAUCAGGAGAAAUUUGUCAAGGACUGUUCGGUGGAGGAAGAGGAAGCAGCUAAGCUGAGUGGGAGGACACUGAGUGAUGUGGUGUCCAUAACGGAUGAUGAGAAACCCGAACUAGCAAGAAAAACAGCUGAACCCUUUAGUUUUUCCAUUCCAAAACUCUUUCCGGAAUCCGGGCAGAAGCGCAGUCUUCCGGACAUUUCAACACCACGUCUCAGGGAUGAUAGGAUGCUACCGAAUUCCUUCCAUGAGUUCACACUGAUUGACAAGGAGGGUGCGAGUAGCCCGCGGCAUCCAGCUGUGCCGCGACAGAUUAACUUUUCACACCUGGACAGUGCAAAUUCCGCAGAGCCCAAGGCUGGGGAGACAUUCAAAGUCCCGGAGACACCAAUGAAGUCCACGGGGGACACGACGCACCUUCAGGUGGAACUUGUGGCUAAGACAAAGCUCUACGAAGCAACGGUGGCAGAGAGAGAUAAACUCAUGCGGGAACUCGAUGAGCUACGUCUCCGUGUGGGUGCAAUGGCAGCCCUUGAGGAGGAUCUUCGACGCUGUCAGAGAGACAAUGAAGCCCUGCUGGAGAAACUCGCAGCAUUGGAGGCGGAUGUGAAGGAGAAAACGCAGGAAAUUGCCAAAUUGGAGGAAUUCCGUGCUAAAGCAACAAAGGAUGCCCAAGGAUUGCCAACAAUUGAACUUCUGGAGCAGGAAGUGGAAUCGCUGAAACUUUCCCUGGCACGCCGGGAGGAUCAGCUGACGAAACUUGAGAAGGAAACAAUAAAUUUUGCCCGAAUUGAGAAGACUUUCGAAGUGGAGAUUGAGAGUUUGCGCCAGGAGCUCAUUGAGCGGAAUUUGCAGCAUGAGAAAUGCAAAUUGGAACUGCAGGAAGCUCUUGCCAAUGCGGAGAAACUCCGUGGGGAGGUUGACAAACACCGUGGGCAGCAUCGUAGUGAGAAUUCAUCAUCCCCCAAGCCGUUUUCGCUUGAGGAAAUUGCCGCACAGGUGGAGCAGGAAUUGAACUAUUCAGCACAGUUGGAUUCCAACAUACUCCGUGCCAUUGAGAGUGAUGAAAUAAAUUCCGAUGAAGAUUUGGAGCAGCAUCGGCGCAAUGUGCAGGAACUUCUGCGACAGAGUGGAUCAAUUGAGGGUGAAAUAAGGGAUUUACGGAUGAAUCUGGAGGCAGAGGCAAAGCGCAAUGAUGAGCUUCUGCGACAAAAUGCGCAAAUUGGGCAGGAAGUUGAGAAGCUCCGGGCACGAUGUCGUGAAGUUGAGGCAUUGCUUGAGGGGGAGAAGAAGAAUUCAGCUACAGUUCAGCAGGAGGAUGCCCAGAUAAUUGAGGCUCUUCGUGUGCGCCUGGAGACAGCGUUGCAGAAUGAAAUGGAAAUGGAGCGAAUGCUCGAGGAGGCGCGUGCACGAACGGAGAGGAUUAGCACUGUGGUGCAACGUAGUAAAUCCCGGGAGAGUUUGCAGAAAUCCUCCCCGGCUGAUUCGCCACGACGCUCCGAUGCGGAAGCUGAGCACGUGGCACGGUUGGAGUGUGAGAUAAAGCUUCUUACGGCACAGAAUGAACGUGAGAGGGAUCGUGUGAAGGAUUUGCAGAGCGCCCUGGAGCGGGAGAGGGAGAGAUUUAAUCGGGAAGUAGCCGAUCAGCGGGAUCACGGAGCAAAGUUGAGCAGUGAGAUUGAGCGGAUUGUGCGCGAGAGGGAUUCCCUGCAGUGUGAUCUGGAUGUGGCGCGGGAGAAGCUGGAGCAUGCUGAGGAGCAAAUUGAGAGUCUCGAGGCGCGUAUUCUCAAUCUCGAGGACACGGAGGCACGUCGGAUGGCACGACAGGGACGUGAACGUCUCGAUGCGGUGCAGACGAGUCUGGAGCUGCAGGAGAUGCGUGUAAGGCUGAGUGCGGCGGAGAAGGAGCGUGAUCAGCUGGUUGAGCAGGUUGCCCUGCUGCGGGAGGACAUUGAGCGUGGGGCAAAGAGGGAGGUACGCCUGGCGGAGGUGCUAUCGCGCGAGGCGAGUCUCGAGAAUAAUGUUCCGGAGCAAUUUUUGCGAAAGCUCCAGGAGAUGAAUGCAUUGCUGGCGGAGAAUUCCCGGGAGAAUCGUCAAAUGGCUGAAACGCUAAGGCAGCUUGGGGCUGAACGGGAGGCACUGCAGAAGCGCCUAAGGGACCUUGAGACGGGUGUUCCGGGACUACCGAGGGAUGACCUGGAGGAUAGGGCAAAUCAUCUCUUUGGGAAAUAUCUGAGAGUUGAGAGCUUCCGGAAGGCUCUUGUGCACCAAAAGCGCUACCUGAUGAUUGUCCUGGCAUCGUAUCAGGAAACAGAAGCAAAUGCCCUUGCUUUGAUUCAAUCUAAGCAGGGAGUUGUAUCGCGGAAACGCAGAAAAUCCUUCAGGGCGAUUGUUUUUGUCGUUGUGGCCAUUGAGAGGAUGCGCUUCAUUGUACGCCGUUGGCAGUCCGGGAAGAGAAUGGGGGCAAAGGCAAUUUUUUCCGGAACUCAUGGACUUCCGAGACGUUCAGCAUCAGCUCAUACAAAUAUCUGGAGUCACAUUGCAGCAGAUGAACAGGCUGUUUUGUCACCACGGAAUCCCCAGAGGUUACUUCAGGCACCUACACUCGUUGCAGACUACCUGAGGCAGCACGCAGGACCCAAUUGAUGGGGAUUCAUUUCCUUUUUCUCACAGCCAGUAUUUUUUUUCUUUCACGUCGUCCUUAAAUCCCGUCCUAGUCAGAUCCUCAUAGACCAAUUACCUAUAUAGUAUAUAAUAAUUCCACAUUAGCCACAUAUAGAACUAGAAGUGUGUGCCUUAAAAGAAAUCCCUAACAAAGGGUACAAAGAGGCCUUACAUUGGAUGCCUUGAAGUUCCAAAGAUUAUUAAUUUAAUUAAUUUUUGAUUUCAUUUUUCUCUCUGAGUUUGUAAUGCCGUGACGAACAGAACCAAUUUUUGACUUUUUAAUUUAAUAAAAAAUGUGUUUGUUCUUUUUUUAUACGCAAUAGGUUAGUGAUUAGACUUAAUUGAAGAUUUGUGAAUUAAAAAAUUUUUAGAGAUAAUAAAGAGAGAUUCGUUGAUAA